AUGCUAGUGAAGCAACUAAUAAAGCGAGGACUAGCCAAAACGCAUCCCAUAGUCAAAAAAGUCUCAACUCGACUGCUUCUUCUCGUAUGGAAAGUUUUGAAAGUCAUUCAUCUUGUGGUGACUAAAUUAUACUUGGCAAUACUUAACGAAAGAACAUGGAAACAAUUUGGAAUAGACUUUGGUGUCAACUUUGGGUUCGUCAUGGCAUGUAUAUUGGUAAUCUCAUCGAUUAACUAUAUACCAAGACCAGACCAUGUCUUUUACAAAUUUUUAUACCGAUUUGAUACAUACUUCUUUGACAUUGGGAAACUGCCAAUAGGAUCCAUAACCGGGCUUUUACUUACAUGCCUUGGUGCUUAUAUUAUCAACUAUUUUUACUACAAUGACGAAGAGGAAGGCAUUUUCGGAAGUUCGAUGUUGCCUCAACAAAAUUAUAGCUUCAAGCUAAAGCCAUUGCAGGUUUCCUCAGUUUUGAUGCAAAGUGGAAAUAGUGGCAUGGCUUCCACUACAGCUAGCUCAAGACCAUCGAUUUCAACUGCCGGAUCAUCCACUUUAUCACCUGCAAGUGACUUGAAUAAUUUUACAGAGGAAGAGGAAUUGUUUGAAUUAAAUGCAUCCUCGGCAGACUCAGAAUACUAUCAUUUCAAAUCUUUUCGUACUGAAACGACCGAGGAGUUCAUUAAUAAAUGGUGGAAGAAAGCGCCAGUUAUUUUACUUUGCUCUGCUUGGAUCAUUCUCAAUAUAUUGUAUACAUUUAAGCAACCAGUUUACAAGACGAAAAACAUCAUUGCCUGGAUUUUUCACGUUCCUGUUCAUUUUAUAGUACCACCUAUGAUUGGAGCAUGGCUUUAUAUUUGGCAUGCACCCGGUGCCUUGAGACUAUUUACAUUUUGCUUAGGGUUACAGAACAUAGCAUUGUUAUUUACUUACUUAAUUUUCCCAAAUGCACCACCCACAUUCAUAAAGCUCUAUGGUGAUAACAAGGUCCCCACAUUUGAUAUGAUUUAUAGCGAUGGACAAGCAUCGCAAGAUAAGAAGUUUUCAAUCUUUUACCAUAAGGCAGUAUACUAUGCUACUCCACUUAAAUUUGCCUCAUUUCCAUCAUUGCAUUCUGCAUUUGCAUGUUUGAUUUGUUUUUUUGUGUGCCAUUAUUCAAGGUGGUCUAGUUUUAAGUUCUUAGGUGUAAUUAAUGUGCUUGGACAGUGGUGGGCAGAUUUGUACUUUGAUCAUCAUUGGAGAGUUGAUAAUCUUGGUGGAUUGAUUUAUGCCAUUUUGGCAUGGACAUUGUUGAAAAACUGGCACCAUAGCUUAGCUCAAGUGGAUACAAAGUUUAGCAGAGCACGAUUGCAAGGAGACUUUGUGAAUGGAAGUACCAUGGGUAUGCGACUAUUUCGCAACACAAAGUUGCAAAACUUAUUCGAUCCUUUAUCUUAG